UCAGCCAAAAAGUCAACACGAAAAUGUCCAUUGUGCCUCACCCUCGCACGUUCGCCACGUGUCAAUCGCUCGCACCUAUCCAGAACAAUGUUUCCACUUCUCCACCGAUCAAAUCAUUCGCCACUCUCUUCUUCUGCAAACUCCGUCAAUCAAUUACAAACGCUUUUUCCGGCGGUGAAAUGGCGACUGAGUCUUCAAGCAGCGGCGAUUCUGCCAGGACAGCAGCAUCCGAAAACGGCGGAGGUGGAUCGGCGCGCCGCAGUCGGGUUCUCUCGAGCAAGCUCUACUUCGACGUGCAUACUUCUAAGGCUCCCCUAAUUUAUUCAUCUUCGUAUGAUAUCUCCUUUCUCGGCAUUGAAAAGCUGCACCCUUUUGAUUCUUCUAAAUGGGGUCGAAUCUGCCGCUUUCUGAUUGCCGAGGGUCUUUUGGACAAAAAGCACAUAGUUGAGCCUGUGGAAGCUAAAAGGGAAGAUCUUCUAGUGGUGCAUUCAGAAUCAUACUUGGAUAGUUUAAAAAGUAGCUUGAAUGUUUCUACAAUAGUUGAGGUCCCUCCAGUAGCACUAUUGCCAAACUGUCUUGUGGAUAAGUAUGUUCUUCUCCCAUUUCGCAAACAGGUUGGGGGGACCGUAUUGGCUGCUAAGCUUGCAAAAGAGCGAGGAUGGGCUAUCAAUGUCGGUGGUGGGUUUCACCACUGUUCAGCCGAAAGAGGAGGCGGAUUUUGUGUUUACGCCGACAUCUCUAUUUGCAUUCACUUUGCAUUUACCCGAUUAAAUAUUUCAAGGGUGAUGAUAAUCGAUCUUGAUGCACACCAAGGAAACGGUCACGAAGUUGACUUUUCUGAUGACAAGAGAGUCUACAUUCUUGAUGUGUACAAUCCAGACAUAUAUCCAUUUGACUACGAAGCUAGAAGAUAUAUCAAUCAGAAAGUUGAAGUAGCAAGUGGAACAGCAACAAAUGAAUAUCUGUCAAAACUCGAUGGAGCACUCAAGGUUGCUGCGGACUCAUUUGACCCUGAAUUGAUCAUCUACAACGCCGGAACUGACAUUCUAGAUGGAGACCCCUUGGGUAGGCUGAAGAUCAGUCCUGAUGGAAUUGCGACAAGAGACGAAAAGGUUUUCGUGUUUGCUCGUGAGAGGGGUAUUCCCCUUGUCAUGCUUACGUCAGGUGGUUAUAUGAAAUCUAGUGCUAGAGUAAUAGCAGAUUCUAUCAUAAACUUGUCAAAGAAGUCAUUGAUAAAUAUGGAGAAUGUACAAAACAUUGUAACCACAUGAAGAUCUUUUUUUUGGACUUGAUGGAUGUACUACUCUACACCUCCACACACAAUGCAUGGUGGACUGUACAUAUGGAUGUCAAUUGGACUUUUGUUUUUUCUUGAAGUAGUAGCUACUAACUUGUAUAGAUUAUAAUCUUCGACGGAAACGAAUUUUUUUCGACGAAUUUAUUGGAUUUUGAAUGCUGUCCGAAUAACCAUUA